AUGGAACUGCUUGUUCACAAAAUCGUGAUGGGGAUCACGGUCGCGAUGCUUUCCGUCACCCAAUGUCAUGGCCAGGGUCUAACACCCCACUCCUGCCGCUUUGAGGAUGCCAGAGAGGGCCAGACCGCGGAGUGCAACGUUGAUGAGAUGGUGUUUUCUGUCUGCGCGGCUGCUGAAAAUUUGAAUGCCUGUGGUGGACACACCACUCGAAUCGAGUGCUGUAAGGUGAACCAAGGGCCCCUUUCGUCUUCAAGUUGCAUAACCAUCCCCGAGGAUUCUGGUGAUAUGGCCACCUGCCCAACGUCCAUGUUCAUGCGGGGAGCCUGCAGUUCUCACUUCAAUCCGAUGUGUGACGAAAAAAGUCAUUCCAUCAAGUGUUGCGACUAUAAAUUGAACAACUCGCCGCUGUACCAAGUUAAUCCAACAGUUGAAGGGACAAGUGGAAACUUCGUGGAUUGUCCAGAUCGAAAAACAGCUGCGGCUAUGUGCGCAUCAGUCGGUCGUCCUGCAUGCACAGAUGACAGUUACACAUUGCUCCUGUGUGCAUAUCCCGACUUAUUCUUCAUUGCUUGAUCACAGUCACCAUGAAAAGCGAGCAGAAAUAAAAUAUACUUCUUAGAAGGACGCCUCCC